AGCGUGUAAAGACCAAUGGUUCCUUUAACUACAUAUCAGACCCCUGGGCCAGCCCUCCCCCAUCCCCAGGACCCGGGAAGGAGCCUCAGGUCCUUCCCUCUCCAUUCGUCUCUCGUUCAGUCGAGCAGACUUCCCUUGAGCGAAGAGUCGUAGCGUUGACGACCAAGGAAAGGCGCGCGUGGCCAAUCAGCUGCGAGGAGCUUACCUGUGUGGAGAGUGAGCAACAAUGAGUUUCCUCGCCGAUUGGAUGCCUUUGGAACUCUUUAGCAGAGGAGUCGGUAUCAAAGAGGAGCCCAACGUUGGGGUCACCGAAGAGACGUGUCUGGAUAUUAAGGACGAACCACUGGAUUUCGGAGAGGAAGCGGGGGAGGAAGUGAGCGACGUGGAAGUGAAAUCUGAAGGACUUUUCUUCCAAAAUCUAAGGCAUAAAGCGAAAGAAAAAUUCUCGUGGGACUUGGUUCAGGAUCGCAAUGACGUCUUAGGAACGGCAUUUGUGGCUGAGGACAGUGGGAGCAAGUGUUCAUCAGAUGGGAAUCAGGCGAUGUACAAGGAAAGUCCUGAGGGGGAUAUACAAACACAAGUGGCAGCCACAUUGAAACGUUAUGGAUGUGACGUGUGUGGCAAGAAAUUCUCUUCUCGGAGUAAGAUCGAAGAUCAUAUGAGAGUCCACACAAAGGAGAAGCCAUACAUGUGUGAUAUUUGCAAUAAGGCAUUUUUUCAGAAAAGAAAUCUAAUAAGGCACAUGACAGUGCAUUCAGUUAAGAAGCCCUUCAGAUGCGAUACUUGCAAUAAGGCCUUCAUAUGCAAAACUUCUCUUCUUAAUCAUAUUAGAAUACAUACAAAGAAGGUUUCCUUUGAUAUUUGCAACAAGGCUUUCACACAUAAGGAUCAUCUAGUAAGACAUACAAGACUACAUAUAAAAGAAAAGCCAUAUUCUUGUGAGAUUUGCAACAAGGUUUUCACACGAAAGGAUACAUUAGUGAGACAUAAAAGAGUACAUACAAAAGACAAGCCAUAUAGUUGUGAGAUUUGUAAGAAGGCUUUCACACAUAAGAAUAAUCUAGUGAGUCAUAUGAGAGUUCAUACAAAAGAAAAGCCCUAUUCCUGUGAGAUUUGCAACAAGGCUUUCACACGAAAGUUUGGUCUAGUGAGACAUACAAGACUACAUACGAAAGAAAAUUUAUAUACCUGUGAGAUUUGCAACAAGGAUUUCACACAAAAGGCUCAUCUAGAGCGACAUGUAAAAGCACAUACAAAUGAGAAGCCAUACAGCUGUGGGAUUUGCAAUAAAGCUUUCAUAGGAAAGUAUGAUCUAGUGAGACAUAUAAGAGUACAUACAAAAGAGAAGCCGUAUGGCUUUGAGGUUUGCAACAAAGCCUUCUAAGACAAAAGGAAUUUAGUGAAACAUACGAACGAGAAGCUUAACAGCUGUGAGAUCUGCACUACUUCUCGCUGUUUAUGUAUUUGUACAUAGAGGUCACGGGCCACGGACAAUGUAUAAAUAUAUAUACUUUCAGCGAUCAUGAGUAGCAUGAAUCAGCAUCAUAUUUCAUCCCAAAGGAACACACUUCCUCUUUACAUUAUUGGGGAUGAAUUGGCCUAAAAUUUAGAGGAUCUCUUUUCUGAUAUGUGCUGUACAUGAUUUUUUUAAUGUGUAGUUCUUGCCAAGCAUAAUAAACUUUAAUAUAUUAUGACCUCUAUUUUAGUCUCCAUGGAUAUUUUUGUACAGGGAAAUCCAUUUCUAUUGCCAUUUAUCAGGGGCGGUCCAAAGUGAAAUGCUACUGGUCAUAAUGUGCUGGCUAAUUAAAGCACUUACCCUGGCUCAUUAAAGAGUGUGCAUAGCUCAGUGCCACCACCCGAAUGGUGAGUUCGGGAUCGAGUGUAUAGCAUAAGAGAUGCGGUGUCAGAAGAAUUGUGGAGAGAGAUACAAUUGUGCAAAUGAGCCGAAGUGAGGUAAGCGUGGUUUGAAUCUCGAGAAGAGGCUUAUACAUAUGCUUUAUCUAUAGAAUAAGGUUUCUGAUUGUUUGCCCUUUAAAAUU